UUGCCGAGCGGUUGGGCAUGUUAGACAGAUAAAGACAUUUGGUCAUAUGCUUGCUGAUGGCUAGAUAAUCUCUGCCAGGAACCCUACUCCAUCCCAGCUCCGCUAUCUGCUCGGCUUCAGACUCCACAAUGUUUUAUUUCCACUGUCCACCGCAGUUAGAUGGCGAGUGUUGCCGGACCAAUUCCUUGAGUUCCGGCGGGUUUGGCGGACACAGUACGAGCGAUUUUGACGACGGUUUCCUACGCCGAAAGCAACGCCGAAAUAGGACAACAUUUACCCUUCAGCAGUUAGAAGCUCUAGAAGCCGUUUUUGCACAGACGCAUUACCCAGACGUAUUCACCAGGGAAGAGCUCGCAAUGAAGAUAAAUCUCACUGAAGCAAGAGUUCAGGUUUGGUUCCAAAACCGAAGGGCGAAAUGGAGGAAAACGGAGAGGGGCAAUUCCGAUCAAGAAGGUGGGAAGGAGAUUGCAGCCGAGGGUUCGCCGCCCAUGAGGAACCUAAAUUCCCCCUCUCCCAUGGAGCCGACUCGGGGCAAAAAGGAAUCCUUGGAAAUGCAACAGAACCUCGGCAGGACUGUAGGCCCUUCGGCCCCUUUCUUCCCCUCCUGCUUGCCCACGACUCUGCUCAACACGGCCACUUACGCCCAAGCUCUGACGCAGGUCGCGACGCUGAAGGGAAACUCCCUGUGUUCUUGCUGUGUGCCAGACCCAAUGGGUCUCUCCUUCUUGCCCCCCUAUGGUUGCCAGAGCAAUCGAACAGCUAGCGUGGCUGCAUUGCGCAUGAAAGCACGUGAACACUCUGAGGCAGUGCUCCAAUCAGCCAACCUGCUUUCAACAGCCAACAGCAGCCCCGCUGUUGGACCGAAACCCUCCUUGGAUAAUGACCAGGAGAAGGCCAGCCAUCCCAAAGAGAAGAUUGAGACUGAGCGGAACGUAUGAGAGGAAGGAGGGAGAACCAUACCUGUAGAGAACACUUAAGAUCACUUUAUGGCAUCACCGUGAAUAUUCUCACAGCUGUAAAGAUAUCAGAUCCACCAUACGAUCAAGACUUGACUCCAUCUGUACAAAAGCUAAGACACUCUUACCUGGGUCAAAGCCAAAAAGAUGUAUAUAAAUGAAUUCUGGAUCUUUUGCAAUGCAGCGGUUGCCUUCCUUUUCUCCUUUUAACCAUGUUUAUUCUGCUCUUGACUACAUUUGGAAGAUAAUCACUUGCUAGAAUUGCCUUGCACUAAAACUGUGCAGCAGGUAUUUAAGGAGGAAAUGCAUGAGAUCACCAAUCCACUUCCUCAAACCACAAGCGAUUUUAUCUAUUCCCUUUUUUGUAAUGCAAUGGGGAAAGAAUAUAAUCUCACGCAGGUAAGUGAGCGUAGCCCAAGUAAAAUAAUACAAAAAAAACCUACCAAUUGUUUGCUAAAUUUGCAAAUACAAGUGGUUGUUCUGGAAGAGGUGACCUUCAGUGUGCAAUAAAGCUGUAAGCUUCUAUGUCAUUAUGAUACAGUAGAUUUGUAUUAAGUGGAUAAACUGUUAACAGGAAUUCAUUUGAAAUAUUAAUAGCACAAUCUCUGGUAUACUUUCACCGCAACAAAAGGAUUUAUGAAUUUAAUUUUAUGCUGUUAAUUUUAAC